AUGCCUCCAACGCUCCUCCUCAUCCGCCAUGCCCAGGCGCUGCAUAACAUUGCCAGCGAUUACACACUCCACGACCCCCCAUUAUCCAAACUGGGUGAGCAACAAUGCACCGAGUUGGCCGAGUCGUUGAAGAAGGAGAAAAUUGCACAGGACGUCGAAUUGAUUGUUGUCAGCCCGAUGCGGCGGACAUUACAGACCAUGAAGCUGGCUUUGGGCUGGUUGAUUGACGAAAAGAAAGUGCCAGUAUUGCCGGAUGCUGGAUGGCAAGAAAACGCAGACAAACCCUGCGACACAGGCUCCCCCCUCAGCGUCCUAGCCACCGAAUUCCCAGACCUGGAUUUCUCCCCUGUGGACCCGCUCUUCCCGGAAAAAACCACCAACCUCGCCAGCAACCCCUACGCCUUCACACGCAAGGCGAUUCUCGCGCGCGGCCAAACGUGCCUCGAGAAGCUGUACUCGCGGCCCGAGAAGGUCAUUGCCGUGGUCUCGCAUUCGGGCUUCUUGCGCGCGGCCGUGUGUAAUCGGCGGUUCUUCAAUGCGGAUUGGCGCGUGUUUGACUUUGAUGAGGAGAGGAUGAGGGAGAGUAGGGAGAGUAGGGGGGAGGGGAGGGAUGGAAAGGGGUUGUUUUUCUUGCAGGAGUGGGGGUUGACGGAGGAGAGAGGGGGUGGGAUGGGGAGGAGUGAGAAGGGUGUGUAUGGGCCUCUUGAGACGGAUUUUCCGCCCGAGGAGGUGGAGGAGGAGACGACGAGGGAGGUGCCUGAGUUUGCGAAUUGA